UUCAUUUUUUAGGACUAGAAUUGGGUUUUUAUCAGGGAUUGGCUGGUUUGAGAGAAUAAUCGAAUCGUGUUUUAGAUCAGAUUUUCUUAAUUUUCUUUGGAUCAGAGUUUGGAUUUCUUUUCGAAAAAAUGUCAAGGUUUUGGAUUUUGUGUAACACGGCCCAUCUUAGGUUUUUAUAUUCUAAUUUGUCACUUUUUCUGGUCACUUUUUAUGUCAUGGUAGUCUUUGUGGUGCAAAAAUAUUUGCGGAUAAAUCUUGCGGACACUGUUCAUUUCCUUAAAAUUUUUUUUCAAUUUUUCUUAUUUUUACAGAAUCAAACUAACUCCAAUUUGGACUAUUUAGCACAUUUUUGUGCUCAUAAAAAUUCAAAAAUUGGUCAUUUAAUGUUUGGAAAGGGAGGUCAAUUGCUUCUAACUGGUUCUAGUUCAUCAACAAUUUUUAAUGUUUUUCUUGUCCAUAUACACCCAAAGAAUUCAGCUCUUUCAUGUAUACAACAUAUUUAUUCUCUUGUGAGAGGAAAUUCGACUGCAAAGGUCAUUAGCAGCGUUUUUUCAUCAGAUAACCGUUGGGUAGCAAUUUCUACAAAUCAUGGAAGUACCCAUUUAUUUGCCAUUACACCUUAUGGAGGUCGUGUAACAACACGUACACAUAACGGCAAAUUUAUGAAUAAAGAAAGUCGUUUUGAAAAAACUGCUGGAAUAAUUAAUAGAACAGCAAAUUGUAAUAGUAAUAGUGGAAGUGGUGGAAAUAAUCAACAAGCUUUUAGAAUCCAUCCUGGAACAAAAAAUUCAACUUUAAUACGAACAGUGUCUAAUGCCCAUGUAUCCAGCUAUUAUGUUAAGCCUAUUGUAUUGUGUUCGUCAGUAUUGGCAAAACAAGCAUUAUUUUCUUCUGAAAGUUUUUGUGCUUGGGCUUCGGACAAUACUCCAAAUAUUUUACAACCAUCAAAUGGCAGUAGACUCCAUCACAAAAAUGAUUACAAUUCCAAAGAUGUUUCACCAACAACAAAAAGGGCUGUCAUUUUUACUGACAGUUUAAUUGAUAAGCAACAACAACGCCCAUCAAUCGUCUCUUCCUUAAUAAUGCUAGAAGGUGAUGGUGUAUUAACCCAAUAUGGAAUAGAUAUUACAAAUAAUUUACAAACAAAUAAUUCAAUUAAUAUUCUAAAAAAAUCCUUGUCAAAUGAUUUACCUUGCGAUUUUGAAAGAGGCAGUUGUAAUAGAAAAAGUUGUUUGUCAAUUAAUGAUAAUAGAAGAAUUAGUAAUAGCAACAACAAUAAUUGCAACAAUGUUGUAAUUAAUGAUUCUAUAAACAAUGCAAAGUUGGUUAGAAUGACUGAAUGGGAAUUGAGCAGGUAG